ACUAAUUUACCAAACUAAAAACCCACGUACAUUUCAUUGCAUAAAGUGCUUCUUUGUUACAGUGGAUUGAUUCUUUCUGUCUUAUUUUUUCAUCAUGAACUUGAAAGCUAUUACCAUUCUCUUUCUAUUUUCUCUUCUUCUUUCACUAAAUUCCCAUUUUGCCCUCGCCGGAAAAGGCAGGGUCCACAUCCCCGACGAGUUGGACGACGUGUUCGACGACGAGGAGGACGAUGAUUGGAAAGAAUGGGGCAAAAAACCUUCACCCUCUUUCGCUCCCUCCGAUUUAACCAAGAUGGAUACUUCGCAGAUCCAAGAUGAGAUGAUGAAGCGCCACACUGGACCCGUCAUCGGAUUCGUCAAGCUCCGAUUUGGUGUUCGCCGAACUCCGGACAUGGUAGCUGAACUUGCCAUGAAAUGGACACAUGUUCUGAGAACUGGAGCUGUUGGAGUAAGGUUUACCGGUGUUGAUCUGAAUACAGUCAUGUUCAACAUGGACAGCAUCAAAGAUUUGGAGGAGUUGAAGGAAUUUGUCUUGGACCAAUCAGAAGCAUAUGAGAUUAAAAUGGGGGAUCAGUUUUUUCGAAGACCUGGAGAUCCAUCCCUUGAUGAAAUCAUUCAGAAGCAUAAUAGUGAGAAAGGAAAAGAAGAUAACACGGGUCCAGAGGAAAUUGAUGGAAACUUGAAAACAGAAUUGUAGUUAAACGGUACAGAUAUAAUCUUCUAGAUGUUGAGAUAAACAGUUGCAUCACUUUUUUAGAUGGUUUACUCCCAUUGUUGUUAUUUUUAUAGUCCUGAUAUACAACUCUUCCUUUGUUUCUUCACCUUUAAUUAAGGUGAUAAACUGCAUUUAAAUGCUAGUGAAGAAGUAAUUAUCCUUGCUGAAUUUGGCAAGACUAAGAGAACACACUUCUAGAUAGGGGAAAUUUUAGGGGAAAACUUGAAAUUUUUGUAAUUUGUAUUGAUUAUGACCAAAUUAUCAUCGCCAAAAGUGAGUACUUUGAACACAAAUUACUAAACCUGAACAAGAAAGGUAAUGAAAAGAUUUAUUGCA